UGAGCCAGCGCACGGGCAUACAGAGCGAGAGGAGCGCACCCGUCCCGGACACUUUACAUUAGUCUGGCUACCUCCUGUGUUACAAAUUCAUAUAUGAAGAAAAGCAAUCAGGUGGUUCUGAAUGGAAAUUUGUAGAAUUUCUUUACAACUGCAAAAAGGCGGAGAAAACUGUUCCAUGAUGGAGACAUUUUCAUUUGUAAUUCCGGAGACAUUUCUUCCCAUUCUUUCCAAGAAGUGACGCAACAUCAACACUCCCAGUAAACUGGACACAGGAAUAUUUGUUGUGUUACAAGAGCUACGCCAGAGCACCCAGACAGACCAAGUCUCAACAAACAGGUUACUGAUUACAUGAUUUUAUUAUGGGUUUUCAUUGAGCUAUUACAAAUGAAGAUGAAAACCAUGGAGGGUUAGAGACGGUUGGCAAGGACACAGGAGAGGCGUCAUGGGAGGAACAAAAUAGGAUAAGAAACCAGACGGGAUAAGAAAUGUGACGACUGACUGAGCAAAAGAAGAAAACGUCAGAGAAAGAAGGAAAGAGAGAAGGAUUGUGUGUUCUCUACUUUCUCAGAAGUGCAGUUCCUAAAUUCCUGUUACUAUGCCUGAGAGAGGGAGGGCAGCAGACCAGUCAAAAUGAACCCCUACGUCACCUCUCAUUUUAGGAGGGAUCUCUUUCCCCACUUCCACUUGUUGUAGAGGCUUCUCUUCUCUUCUCCCUUCUCUUACUGUUUGUGUGACAUGACAACAUCUGUCUCUGUGUAAACCUAGGACAGUAGGUAACAUCUGUCUCUGUGUAAACCUAGGACAGUAGGUAACAUCUGUCUCUGUGUAAACCUAGGACAGUAGGUAACAUCUGUCUCUGUGUAAACCUAGGACAGUAGGUAACAUCUGUCUCUGUGUAAACCUAGGACAGUAGGUAACACCUGUCUCUGUGUAAACCUAGGACAGUAGGUAACAUCUGUCUCUGUGUAAACCUAGGACAGUAGGUAACAUCUGUCUCUGUGUGAACCUAGGACAGUAGGUAACAUCUGUCUCUGUGUAAACCUAGGACAGUAGGUAACACCUGUCUCUGUGUAAACCUAGGACAGUAGGUAACACCUGCCUCUGUGUAAACCUAGGACAGUAGGUAACAUCUGUCUCUGUGUAAACCUAGGACAGUAGGUAACACCUGCCUCUGUGUAAACCUAGGACGGUAGGUAACACCUGUCUCUGUGUAAACCUUGGACACCAGGUAACAUCUGUCUCUGUGUAAACCUUGGACACCAGGUAACAUCUGUCUCUGUGUAAACCUUGGACAACAGGUAACGACUGUUGCCUUGGUAUUCUCCUGUGUUGUGCCUUUGUUGCUCUUAGUCAGGGUGUUACACUGUAAACUGUCCUCAGUGAUCUGGUCAAUGUGUUACACUGUAAACUGUCCUCAGUGAUCUGGUCAAUGUGUUACACUGUAAACUGUCCUCAGGGAGCUGGUGAAGGGUUGAACUGUUCCUCAGGAACCGAGUAACAUGUUUAGCUUGUUCACUGGGGGUCAAAGACUUGCCAGCGUUCGAAAACCACAGUCCACUGGAAAUGUGUACGGAAGGUAAAGUCUAAUAUCGCAACCAAACCUUUUUUAUGUCAUUUGGAUUUGCCCUGAAUCAAACCUUUUGAGUUUUCUUUGUUUUUUAUCCCUAAGGGAUUUGGCAUGCAACAAACAAAAAAAUCUCUCUUCCCAAAAUAUUACCUUUUUGCCUCAGUGGGUUGUUGUUUUUACCCAGUUUUCCUUGCACGUCCUCUGCACAUUAUUGCCACAUUUUUCCAAGGCAAUUAGACUGGAAGCUUUUCUGAAAUGGAUAAACAUGUAUGUUCUCUGUCAAGCAGGGGUGUUGAGUGUGACACUUGAACCAAGAGGAGAGAACUAAAACCAACCCGUUUGGAAAAAACAAGGACACGGCACCUCCCGUCCCAGGAUUGGACAGGAUUUGACCUCUGAAAUAACCUUUGAGCUCUGAGUUUUCGUAGAGGUCAUCCACGGGUGUAUGCCCUGUGUGCCUGUUACCCCUCCCCUCUUUCCCCACAACCGGCCAAUAGGAUUCUGCUCCUCCUACACAUUCACUUUGACUCUAUAAUAGGUGUUGUAUAGAAUUAAUCCUGGUGUCAUAUGUAUAGGAUGGUACUCAACAAUAGGUACACAGAAAGUACACACAAUUGUACAUGCCUUGGCGUUCUAGUCAAGUAACUUCAUUCUCUCUCCUUUUAUUUAUUGUCUUUCUCCCUCUCUUCCCCUCACUCCCUCUGUUGUAGAGAAUUCUCCCAUGCAGUUGUAGUGGAGAGUAAGUCUCCUUAUUGUUGUAUACAUUUUUACAACACUGAGUUAAUACGAUGUAGCUGAUCUGGUCAGUAGUCAGUCUGUGCAGUGUGUUCUGUACUGAAUUGACAAUGCCUUUAGGUGAAACACAGAGACUAGGAUAUCCAGCAGUCACCUGAGAGAGCCACAAACAUAUUUCAAAUGUCUCUAAAAGUCUGCUUUUGUUGUGCCAAGAACUCACCACUGACAUUUGAGGACUUUUGUGGCUUGGAAAAGAUACUUGGAUUUGAGGGGAAACUGCUGGUCACAGUCUCCCACUUGUGAGAGACACUGAGUGAGUAUUAUUUACACAGUGCAUGGCUACUGUAGCUCAUAAAUGUGUUCCAAGGCCCUGUAGCAAAGGAAACAUAGAUAUCAAAGGGUGGAGGAACAUAUUCUGACUAAUAGGAAGUGAAUGGAUUGGAAUUGUGUACCAUUAUCUGAAUCAAUCGUCUAAGGAGUUCCUCCUCUGUUUCAAUCUGCCUUGUGUAUUUUCCAUGACCAAACCACUGGGAAGUGAAGAUCAUGGAACGUAAGAAACAGCAUGCUAUUCUUUUCUCUGCUGGUUGCAUGUUAGAUACAUGUUAGAAACGUAGACCCCGUUUGACUGUACUGUACUGUGGAUCUACCCCUGGACUCUGUAUUGUCACUACUACUACUACCCCAUUGUAUCCCCAGCUCUCAUCCUUUCAAGCUUCUCAGUUCCUGUAGCCUGAUCAAUGUGUUUCCCUCGUGCUGCUUCAAACUGUCAGCAAAACUCCUGCUUCCUCGUAAGAUGGCCACAGACUAUGAGUCCCUCCUGUUGAUACCCUGGACACGUGCGUAACCUCCCUCUUCAGCCCAAAGGAGUGUAAGUACUACAGGGACUAUACAGUAUUACUGCGAGACUGUCUAUCUGCUGCUGUGGAAUACGUUUCUGACCAGAGGAGUACAUACAGCAACAACUUGACCACUGAGUUUCCUUCAAGAGAAUGGAAGGAAGACUGUGAAUCAGGACACUGUAGAGCUGUGAGUAACCCUGACUGUUAAUAAAAAGUUAGUGGAACAAUGAUCCGGGAAGUGAGGGAAGUCAUCUACUGCUGGAUACAGUUUUUCCUCGUGGAUUUACCUUUACCACAUCAGAUGGAUUACUUUUCACCAUAGAAACAGUGGAACUGGAAAGAAGUACAGAACACCAGGUUCUUAUCAAAUACCUAGGUGGUCAUAAACUCACAAAGCACAUAGGAGUUGAGACUACAGCUUCAUCAGCGUAAGACAUUGUUUUUAGCGCCAUGGGAGCGGCGCGUGUUAAGCGACGUUUCAGUGCGGUGGUUGACGGGCUGGUAGACGAGGAGGAAGUCAUUAAGCUGGCUCUGAGUGUUGCUGACACGGCCAGGGUGGGGGGGAGCACGGGAGGCUCAGGGAGCCCCACCAGUCUCUCCCCCACACACAACCGAAAUGGCAAAGCACUCCCCCUGCACGGCAAUGGCAGCAAUGCACGGAGGCCCAGCGGAGCCCUGGAGGCAGGAGGAGGGGAAGGAUCGAUGAAAGGAGGAGGGCGCUCAGGACUGAGGGGCGGGAGGGGCGGAAGUCUGGGGAGAAGGGGAGAAGGCUGUUCGUCCUCGGACCGAGAUUCAACACUGUCGUCCCCUUCCUCCUCAAGCCGCCGGCCCCCCCGGUGCUCUAGACGCCGGCCCCGCCACCGCUUUGUGGGCAAGGACGGGCGCUGCAACGUCACUUUCGUCAACAUGAGCGAGAGAGGCCAGCGUUACCUCAGCGACCUCUUCACCACCUGCGUGGACAUACGCUGGCGUUGGAUGCUAGUCAUCUUCUGCCUCUCCUUCCUCCUCUCCUGGCUGCUCUUUGGCUUUGCCUUCUGGCUCAUUGCCGCCGCGCACGGGGACUUCGCCAUCCGCCUCAACCCCAGCUCGGGUGCCUCUUCCGGGGGAGGAGAUGAGUCCGGAGCAGGGGCGGUGGUGGAAGUGGAGGAAACGUGUUUCGUUCAGGUCAACAGCUUUAUGGCGGCCUUCCUGUUCUCCCUGGAGACGCAGACAUCCAUUGGUUACGGCUUCCGCAGCGUGACCGAGGCCUGCCCCCUGGCGGUGAUGGCGGUCGUCUUGCAGUGCAUUGUGGGCUGCAUCAUCGACGCCUUCAUCAUCGGAGCGGUCAUGGCGAAGAUCGCUAAGCCCAAGAAGCGUAACGAGACGCUGUUGUUCUCUGACACGGCAGUGGUGGCGCUGAGAGACGGGAAACUCUGCAUGAUGUGGAGGGUGGGGAACCUACGCAAGAGCCACCUGGUAGAGGCACACGUACGUGCACAGCUAAUGAAGCCGAGGGUGACCCCAGAGGGAGAGUUCCUCCCGCUGGACAAUGAGGACGUCAACGUGGGAUUUGACACGGGAACCGACCGCAUCUUCCUGGUUUCCCCGGUAACCAUCGUCCACGAGAUCAACGAUGAGUCACCGUUUUUCGAGAUGGACCGUCGGACUCUGGAGGGUGACACGGAGUUGGAGGUGGUGGUCAUUCUGGAGGGUAUGGUGGAGGCCACAGCCAUGACCACACAGUGUCGCAGCUCCUACCUCGCCUCCGAGAUCCUCUGGGGUCACCGCUUCGAACCUGUGCUCUUCGAGAGGAAGAACUGUUACCAGGUGGACUACUCGUUCUUCCACCGGACCUAUGAGAUUCCCAGCACACCCUCUUGCAGCGCUAAAGAGUUGGCCGAGCAGAAGUACAUCCAGGGCUCACGCUCCUCCUUCUGCUACGAGAACGAAGUAGCCCUGCAGCUCGUCUCCCCUGACAAUGACCCUGAGGGCAACCCUGGCGGCUGCCCCUCCCCCCUGACACGCCGAUCUUCCCUCUCACAACCCACCCACACUAACUAGGGAGGCGACAGGCAGAGGGGACAGGAAGUGACCUGGGAUCCACAGGAAGUCAGGGACAGACAGAGGGAGAGAGAGGCAGAAAGAGAGACAGGCUUCAUAGGAAAAGAGACCAAAGUAGAGAAAGGUAAGUACAUGGUUUAGGGAAAAGGACAACAUUGAGAGACUGAAGUUGAGAGAGGUGUAGAAAGAGAAACAUAAGACACGACAAAGACGCCGAGAGACAAACGGAGAGAGAGAUACUGUAUACUGUCAAACAGAGAGAAAAGGACAGACAGAUAGGACAGAAAAGGAUAGAGAGGGAUAGAAAGAGAGAGAGAAGUGUCAUUGAAAGGGGUAGAUGGGCUGCUGCUAUUCUGACUGUGUUAGCUGAUUUGGACAUAGCGAUCUUUCAGAAUCAUUAUGAACCUGUCUGUCUCAGACCCGUCCCGUCAACCAACCGCUACAUUCACCACUGACUCCAGCACCUAGCUGACCACACAUACAACACUGACCCCUAUUGGCUUCAGUCUGUACCUGCAGCUCCUGUUCAGUUACAACUCACACUGAACACACUGGGUGCAGUGUCAGCACAAAACCAUAUGAGUGCAUAGUCUGGUAACAUGUUAUUUGAAGGUCUACUUCUAAACUUAUGAUUGAUUGUUUAAUAUGUUUAACUAUGGUUAACAAACAAAGGUUUAUAAGUACUUUGUAAGCAGAACUUUGAUUAAAAUGUUACCUUAUGUUAUUUUUUAAAUUCUACAGAACCCAGCUGAAGGGACAAUCUUAUGUUAAUGUUUACCUCUGUCUUGAAUAUGAGAUUCUGUCACCUGAGAUUCUGUGUUCCUCAAACAUUUAAAUUUGUAUGAUUUUCCUCAGUAUUUUCUUUAUUUAGUUAAUUUGCUGAAUACUGUAUAUUUGGUAGAAUUUGAAGGGUGAAAUGGAGGGAUGUUAAAGGUAGACUCAGCGAUAUGACGUAGAUGCAGAAAGUAAACAGCAUAGUGGGUCAAUAUCCACAACAACUAAGAGCGUUGAAGUGUGAGGCUCAACUUCUCCGCUGUUUAAAUAAAUAGUGAGGGUAUUCCAUACCGGUAAAACAUGAGCCUAUCACAAUAAUGAAAACAAAAUGUUGCCAAGGCUGAGAUGGAUGGCUGACACUGAGACGCGCACUGACACAUGACUGGUGGUUUGUGCCACAGUAGAAGGUAAUACAUUUUAAAAGUUAAAUAACAAAUCUUUAGUACGAGGCCCACAGAGAUCCUAAUGAAUGAAUAGAGAUUCUAUAUGUAAUGAAUGAAUAGAGAUUCUAUAUGUAAUGAAUGAAUAAGGAUUCUAUAUAUAAUGAAAGAAUAGAGAUUCUAUAUGUAAUGAAUGAAUAGAGAUUCCAUAUGUAAUGAAUGAAUAGGGAUUCUAUAUGUAAUGAAUGAAUAGAGAUUCUAUAUGUAAU